AUGCUUUCUCCACUCAGUACACUCAGUUACGCCUUAUUGGUAUUUGAAUUGGUAUCCGCUACUCAAAUCCCUCCCGAGACCAAGAGAGAUUUGACCAACGGCGAACGACUAGCUCGUGGUUUUCCUGUUAAAAAUCCCGAUAGGAGGUUCAAUGCCACUCAAACGCAUGCUGCGAAAUCGAAACGUUCCGGUUCGCCAGGAGUAGCUUAUAUUCGUGCAAGUCCUGUCGCUCCUUCCAAAGCUAAACGUGCUUCCACACCCUUCGAUUCCGUUUCUUACGUCUGCAAGCCUGGUUCCUUCUACUCAUUGUGUAAUGAUCCUAGUCAAGCUCGUCAAUUCACCUACUCGGGAACGGGAACAGGUAUGAUGCUCGUGGACAAUGCUUACAGUUCUUAUCACGUCUGUAGUAUGAUUUGGGACACCGACACCACUCCAUACAAUAUGGAAGAUGGUCAAGGCCAAGCUCACACCUCCACAUGCUUCGGCUUAACAUCGACCUCCUCUCAAACGUACGCAGCGGCACAUGGCUCAUUCGACCAGCUACCCAUCUUCAAUGUCCCAUCAUCUGGUCUGGGAGAGAUGACCUUUACGUUUUACAACGCCGACGGUACACAAACCGAUGAUGGACGUUGGUUCGUUUUCUCGACACCGUACAGUAGUAAUUAUCUCGGCGGGGCUAUAGAUCCGGCCGACCUAGGCGCGUCUUCGACGGCGGAGCUAACUUUGACUUUGGUCAGUUCGGCGACUUGA